AUGGUCCAACCCGAGCCUGCACCUGCCGGCCCAGCUCCAGCUCCAUCUUACAACCCUCAGACUUCGGUCACAUCCUCUCCUUCGGCUUCGCUUUACGUUGGCGAACUUGACCCUACCGUCACGGAAGCCAUGUUGUUUGAGAUCUUCAAUAUGAUCGGUCCGGUUGCAAGCAUCCGUGUCUGCCGUGACGCGGUGACGCGUCGUUCCCUCGGAUACGCGUACGUCAAUUAUCUAAACACCAGCGAUGGUGAGCGUGCCCUGGAGCAACUCAAUUACUCGCUUAUUAAGAACCGUGCAUGCCGCAUUAUGUGGUCCCAGCGUGAUCCUGCCUUGCGCAAAACUGGUCAAGGCAAUAUCUUUAUCAAGAAUCUUGAUGAGGCCAUCGACAACAAAGCUCUUCAUGACACGUUUGCUGCCUUCGGCAACGUUUUGUCGUGCAAGGUUGCCACUGACGAGCAGGGUCGCUCGAAGGGCUAUGGUUUUGUUCAUUAUGAGACUGCCGAAGCUGCCGACACUGCCAUCAAAGCUGUCAAUGGCAUGCUCUUGAACGACAAGAAGGUGUACGUCGGUCACCACAUUUCUCGCAAGGAACGUCAAUCCAAGCUCGACGAGAUGAAGGCCCAAUUCACCAAUUUGUAUAUUAAGAACCUUGACCUCGAGGUCACCCAAGAAGAGUUCGAGGAGCUCUUCAACCGAUAUGGUAGCGUGACUUCCGCAGUCAUCCAGGUCGAUGACGAGGGCAAGAGCAAGGGUUUCGGCUUCGUCAAUUAUGAGUUGCACGAUGAAGCCCAGAGAGCUGUUGACAAUCUUCACGACACGGAGAUCAACGGCAAGAAACUCUUCGUCUCCCGUGCCCAGAAGAAGGCCGAGCGUGAGGAGGAGUUGCGUAGGUCUUACGAGCAGGCCAAGAUGGAGAAGCUCAGCAAGUACGCGGGUGUCAACCUUUACAUCAAGAACUUGGAGGAUGACGUCGAUGAUGAGAAGCUCCGCGCCGAGUUCGAACCUUUCGGUACCAUCACUAGUUGCAAGGUCAUGCGUGACGAGAAGAAUACUUCGAAGGGCUUUGGAUUUGUGUGCUUUUCAUCUCCCGACGAGGCUACCAAAGCAGUCGCAGAGAUGAACAACAAGAUGAUUGGAUCAAAGCCAUUGUACGUCUCUCUUGCUCAACGCCGCGAGGUUCGCAGGCAGCAACUGGAAAGCCAGAUUGCGCAGCGGAACCAGAUCCGCAUGCAACAGGCUGCGGCUGCUGGAAUGCCAGGGCCUGCUUAUAUGGGUGCUCCCCUCUACUACCCCGGGCCUGGCGGUUUCCCUCCUCAGGGUCGCAACAUGAUGGGUUAUGGCCAACCUGGUAUGAUGCCCCCACGUCCUCGCUACCCUCCUAGCAACGGCCAAGCCCCUACCGGUAUACCCAUGCCUGCUUACGGUGCACCUCCUCAGUUCGGCAUGCCUGGUUAUUCGCGUGGAGGUCCUCGUCCUCCCGUUGCUCGUGGACCUGCUUCGUCCCCCACUAAUCCUAACGUUCCCCUGCCUCGUGCCAACGGACCUCCAGCCAAUGGCGCUAUUCCUCGCCCUGGUCCUCCCCAGAGCGGUGCACCUCCCUCUCGUCCUCCUGGUGCUCCUGUUCCUGGCGCUCGCAGCCAGCAACAGUACAAGCUCAAUCCUCAGACUCGCAAUGCUGUUGCCGCUCCAGGUCCAGUUACUUCUCCCCCAACAAGCGCGGCUCAUCCGCAGGCCGACGCCAUCCAGGCUGCCAUGGCUAAUGCAUCUCCUAUGGAGCAGAAGCAGAUGCUCGGCGAGAUCAUUUACAUGAAUAUUCUGACUUCCCAACCUGACUUGGCUGGCAAGAUUACUGGCAUGUUGCUCGAGAUGGACAACUCAGAGCUCUUCCACCUCCUUCAAUCCACCGAUGCUAUGACUGCCAAGGUCAACGAGGCCCUCGCUGUGCUCCACGAUUUCUCAAAGGAGGAAGCUUGA